CCUCCUCCUCCUCCCGGGGAUCUCGAUCUCUUACCGGGACCUGCUUUUCAUCCCAGGUUGUUCUGGUUGACGGCCCCGUGGCUGACGGAGUCGGCUUCCAGAGGUUGAAGACGUCCCUAAGCCUGCCGGCGUGUUUUCUCGUCGUUCCGCCUGGAUGUGAGGGGGUGCGCCAUGGGCAACGUUAAGGGGGGAUAGCCUCAGGGGGGGGACACAUCGACCUCCGAUCGACCACUCACCGUCGAUAGGGGCCUGAUGGCCCACCCCCACCCCUCACAGAACUGUGCGGGUUCGCCAUCGAGGGCCUGCACGGUACCGCCGACCUGUCGGCGAUGCAUCCUCGAUUCAGGCUCGAUGCUUUCCCCCGAGCCCGUCCCCCCCCCGAUCGUUGCCCCUCAGGGGGGCACAGGAUGGAGCUUUUCGGAUGCAACUCGGAGGUCAAAUUCUGACUUUGCCGUGGACCGAAAUCCGGCUUAAUUCGGUUCAUUCCCGUUCAAUCCCGCUUAGUCUUGCGUAGGUUCCGCUGAAUCCGCGGCUCAAUCCGGCGUAGCAGCCCCACGAUGGGGCCGAAUCCUUCUUAUUAGUCCUUCCGACGAAGGCCUCCUCAGUAGUUGCCUCCUAAGAGUUGAGCCAGGGCAGGCGGCGGUGGGGAGCCGCCGGCUUGUCCGAGCUCAGGGGCCGCCGUCCCGGCCGAGGGGCAGAUGCCUGGGCUCGCGCCUGCGGUGAGGCCGGCCACGGCCAGGGGGUCCCGCUGCUGCGAGCUGGGGCGCGCAGGUUCGUGCUUGCCUGCCCCCAGAAGGGGGCGCCCCGCUGCCGCGUGCCCUGGGCGCGCAGGGCAGCGCGGCAACUCCGCCUGGAGGGAGCCGAUGAUCGAGGCCGGAGGGCGCCAUGGAGACACGUGCACCGGCCCUGGCCAGGACACUCCUGUGCCCACGCCCACCGGCCGGAAGCCCCUGGCGCGGCGCGCUGUCGCGAGCCUCGCGCGCGGCCAGGCCUCCGUGGAGAGGCACGCGCCGCGCCGGAGAGCCCCCCACGCCAUCCGCGCGCUCUCGGCUCGGAUGUCCGCGUUCCCAGACGCGUACGACGAAGCCACGGGCACAGGCCGCUGGCGCUACGCCGGCAGGCUCGGAGAGGGUGGCCUCGCGGUGGUCCACCGCGCCGUGGACGUGACCGGCCCCUGGGGCGAGGUGGCCCUGAAGGUCCUCCGAGGCGCCGCGCGGCCGGUGCACGCCUUCGAGCUCCACCGCGAGGCGCAGUGGUCGCUAACGCGGCUCCACGAUCGGGCGGCGCCCGGCUUCGACUCCGAGGCCGCCCAGCUCUUCCCGAGAUGCCUCGAGGACCACAGCGGCUUCGAGGACUUCCGCUUCGCUCCCGGCGCCGUGAGGGCCGGCGGCGCCGACGCCGGCGGCAGCGCCGCGGGGCAGCGGGUGGCGUUCGAGGCACAGCGGCGGCUGCUCGAGGCGCCAGACUUCGAUUGGGGCGCGCUGGGCGACGGGCCGACGGCGCGGCGGCCGUACGUCGUGCAGGAGCUGCUAGAGCGGCGCUCCAGACAGGGCAUUGCCCUCGCGGGGUCGAAGAAGGAGUUGGUCAUUUACUUUGCCUCGGCGGGCGGCGGCGGCACGGCCAAGGGCAAGUCCAAGGAAGUGGCGGCGAACCUCGUGGACAUCGAGUACAUCGGGGACUGA